AUGGAGGGUGUGAAUCAGUCAGUAACCUCUGACUUCCUUCUGGUGGGCCUCUGCAGCCACUCAGGGUCAUGUCCACUACUCUUCUCCCUGGUGGCUGCCAUGUUUAUCGUGGGCCUUCUGGGCAACUCCAUUCUGCUCUUCCUGAUCUGCAUGGACCCCCGGCUCCACACACCCAUGUACUUUCUGCUCAGUCAACUUUCCCUCUUUGAUGUUGGUUUCCCCCUGAUCACCAUCCCCAAGAUGGCAUCUGACUUCCUGCGGGUAGAAAGUUCCAUCACCUUUGGGGGCUGUGCAGCUCAAAUAUUCUUCCUUACGCUUCUGGGUGUGGCUGAGGGCACCCUGUUGGCUCUCAUGUCCUAUGACCGCUAUGUUGCUGUGUGCCACCCGCUGCGGUAUCCUGUGCUUAUGAGGCGCCAGGUGUGCCUGCUCAUGGUGGGCUGCUCCUGGGUGGCAGGUGUGCUCAACGCCUCCAUCCAGACUUCCAUCACCCUGCACUUUCCCUACUGUGCCUCCCACACUGUGGACCACUUCUUCUGUGAGGUGCCAGCCCUGCUUCCGCUCUCCUGCGCAGACACCUCGGCCUAUGAGUUGGCGCUGUCCAUCUCAGGGGUGCUGAUCCUUGUGCUUCCCCUUUCCCUCAUCGCCAUCUCCUAUGGCCACGUGUUGAGAGCGGUUCUAUGCAUGCACUCAGAGGAGGCCCGACAUAAGGCUUUCACCACCUGCUCCUCGCAUAUCACAGUUGUGGGGCUGUUUUAUGGUGCAGCGGUGUUCAUGUACAUGGUACCAGGGGCCUACCAUAGCCCACAACAGGACAAUGUGACCUCCCUUUUCUACAGUGUUAUCACCCCCAUGCUGAACCCUCUCAUCUAUAGUCUGAGGAACCGGGAAGUACGAAUGUCUUUGGUCAAACUGAUCAGCAGAUCUAGGCUCAGGCCAAAGUGA